UUCUGAACUCUUAAAUAAAAUGUUGCUAAACUCCUUGCUAUACACCACUGUUAUUUUCGCGCUAGUUUGGGGAUAUCCUGGGCAUCACACCGACCAUCUUGAAGGCUGCCCUCUAAACUUGACCCAUCUUCAUGAGAACAUGACUAUGGAACAUCCACCCAGAAAUGAAACUAGAACUCGCCGUGGCCUGGACAAUGAUAUCGAAAAUGCUGGAGAAUCUGCAGUGAAUAGUGUUGAAAACGCCGGAAAAAGUGCUUGGGAGACCGCUGGCGAGUUAGGAGAUUCUGGCGUGCACACAGUUGAAAAUGCUGGAGCUUCUGUGAAAAAUGGCGCUGAGAACUUAUUCCACGAAGUUGAAGCCGCGAUCUGAUUACCAAUUUUUGUAAAUAAAUUUAUUAAUUUUGUUUUGAUGCGAAUUUGGUUUAAAUGUCACAAUAAAAAUAAUCAUUUU